CGAGAAUUGAGUCUGCUUUGCUUUCACCACACGGGUUGAUCCAUUCCUUGACCAAUCAGCCAUAUAGAACGACUGGUGUGUCUAUGCAUCUAACAAUGACCUGCCCUACGGAUACAUCAAUGAAGACAUCCAUGGAUGCUCUCAAUAGAUAUCUCGAAAUAGCAUGGCGCUAUGUAGAAUCGGACUUUCUAUUUGAUACGAAACCUCACUUAAGCCAUCACUGGCUUUCUCAAUAGACCCCAUGCUUAUUGAGACCAGAAUGCGGAUAAGUUGCCAACACCAGGCUUUCUUCCGCUCUUUCAUCGCACACGCCAACCACAUGGUGUCAUACUCUAGAUUCAUAAAUGAAUCAUUCUCGUCAGACGUUGUCGACCUGGACAUCGCUUCGACAUCAUGCAUUCCCUUACAUAUCUUCUGUCGACAUUGGCUCCGCUUUUUCUUCUCAACUUCGCUCUCGCCGUACCAGAUAUCUCGCGGUUUGAGGUCCGUUCCUUACCAGACGGCCCUUCUCUACGGCCCAGCUGGGCCGGGCGACUUCCUGUGCCCAAUACUGAACAAGGCAAUGAGAUUUUCUUUUGGCUCUUCAAAGCGGAAAACUUGAAAUAUGACGAUAAUUUCAUCAUAUGGUUCAAUGGCGGACCGGGCUGUUCGUCUUUAAUCGGUCUGACCACAGGAAACGGCCCUAUCUCCUUCGACGGCAACUCGACUCGUCUGAUUGCAAACCCAUAUUCCUGGUCCCAGUUUGGACAUGUGCUGUAUGUCGACCAGCCCGUCGGAACGGGCUAUUCGACUGCCAGCCAGCCGUACGCAGCGACCACUAACGACCGCGUAACCUCUGAUUUUUAUGCAUGGCUGCAGUCAUUCUUCGCCCACUUUCCUCACCUGCGGGCCAAGCAGCUGCAUCUAAUGGGGGAGUCGUAUGCCGGAAUCUACGUGCCCUAUUUCGCCUCCGCCAUUGUCGCCAACCAGGACGCGUUCCCCAUCAACCUCCGCUCCAUGUCGCUGGGGGACGGUUCGUUUGGCAAUCCGGCCGCCAUGUCGGCCGUCAGUGUGGGCAAGUUCCUGCAAUCCCAGCAGUCCCGUUUGCAAAUCCCCGACGACAUCAUGGCUGUUUUCUCCGAGGCUGACGACACCUGCGGGUUCAGCGACGUCAUGCAAGAAGCAGCCCGGUUUCCUCCACAAACCACAAUUUAUAUCCCAGGGGACCCCGAAAACUCAGACUACAAGCGUCGCCGCCGCCGUGACCUCGGCGACAUCGCAAAUGCAACCUGCAACAUCAACCCGACGACCCCCGACGCCGUGCGAUCCUCCAUCAUGAACUCGUCCUGCUACGGGCCAUGUGCAACCUUUUCCACCGCAAUGGAUUACCUAGGGACAGUGUCCGCCUCGGGAGCCGGCAAACCAUGCUACGAUGUCUACGAUAUCAGCCACGACUGUAGCACAAUCAACUCGAUGUCGUUGCUGACCUCGUAUUUCCGUCGUGCGGAUGUCCAAGCGGCACUACACCUGUCACCGGGUACUGACAACAACGCCACAGUACAAUUCUCCCCCUGCAACUCCACCAUCCUCGACAUCCUAAUCGGACUCUCCACCCCAACUGCCCCCGUCUACUCCAUCCUCCCAUCCCUAGUCACCUCCCACAACAUCUCCCUCCACGUCUACGCAGGCCAGUACGACAUGCUCCUCAACCACUUCGGCGCCGAGCUGGCGCUCCAAAACAUGACCUGGCGCGGCGCCCAGGGGUUCUCGCAACCAAUCACCCGGCCGUUUUUCGCUGACAACGCGGCCCCACGGAGCCCGGGCGGUGAUCCUCAUCCUCAUCCUCAGACUCAGACUCAGACUCAGACUCAUCCCCUUCCUAGCUCUGGCUCUGGCUCUGGCACCGGCUCUGGUACGGGUGCUCGGUCUCGCACCCGCACCUGCUCCUGUCAUCCCAGAGGCUCCCCAGAAGCAGGCAGGUGGGUCGCCGAGCGCGGUGUAACGUAUCAUUUGUUUUGGGGUGCAGGACACAGUGUUUUUGCCAGUAAGCCACGUGAGAUGUUUGCCUAUGUGCGCGAUGUAGUGGUUGCAGACUGAUUCUGGUUGUUGUUGGGUCCUCCUUGAUUCAUUAUGGUGGUGGAUUUUUGAUUUGACGACGUACGUACUACGUAGUUACUAGGUCUAGGUAGUAGAGAGAGAUGGAGAGAGUUGAAUCAACUAAUUUGAAUCUGUUUUCUUCCUUUCCGGUGCGAUUUUCUGGUCCUGUAUGUUGAGUAGGCUAUAGUGGGUGAUAUACCAUGGAUAUGGAGGAGUAGUCAUUGACUAGAAAUAUACAACUAUGGAUACAAUCAAGAGUGCACAAUCAAGAGUGCUGAGAAUAAUUCAUUCAUAUCUUUGCCCUCGUAAAUCCAUUAUUACAUAGAAGUCAACACGCUAUGCAAAAUCGUUCAAGAACAAAAUAAAGCACC